AUGGGUCAAAAAGUAUCCACAGUACCAUGUCGACUGAGCUAUCGAAAUCGAUCAUCAAACCGCCUCUACAUAGCCGAAGACUUGACCAACAUCGCUUCCAUCGUAAUACGCAUGAAAUGGGUUGCCAACAUCUACAAGACAUUCAAGGAAUCCCCGUCCAGCUCACCCUACCAUGUGCGCGAACUGCACUUCAUCCUCAACCCUGACGGCACAAUUCAAGACGGUGGCAAGCGUGUAAAGCCAGCAGUCUAUAUCUCACCCGCGCAGGAGUAUCCCGCGCGUUAUAGGCUCCCGAAGGUAUUGAACUGUCUGGCGACUCCAACGAAUGAGACUGUGGAACGACGGGAGUUGUUUGCGCUCGGGGGAUUAUUCUAUCAUAUCUUGUCUGGCAAAAAACUACUCGAUGGGUUAAGUGGAGAUGAGAAAAUCCAGGCUCGUUUUGUGGCUGGUCGGUUUCCGGAGGAUGUUUAUGGUUUACCUAUGGCGAGGACGAUUCUUGGUUGUUGGUCGCUGGAGUUUGGAGAGCAUGAAAGUCGGUUCUUGGUUGAUGGCGAGUCGGAUUCAUAUGACGCCUGCUCAGGAUCUGAAAAUUGCGACGCUCUCCUCAAUGGCAUCAUAAAGAUAGGAGUGGGAGCAGCACUCUCAGCUCUUGCUGCACCUGUGGUCAUUCCUGCAAUUCUAGGUAUACUCGGUUUUAGCGCUCUAGGCCCAGUGGCAGGUGGUGUUGCAGCGGGUUGGCAAUCCGGCAUCGGACUCGUGCAAGCUGGUAGUCUCUUCGCAUGGUGCCAAAGUGUUGCGAUGGGAGGAACGGCAAUUCUUGGUACUUUUACUACAAGUAUGGGAUUCGGAGGUGCAAUUGCUGCUGCUAUUGCGAGUGCGAUGAAAGGUGAACGCGAGGAUCCUGAUCAUCUGAAGCAGGAAUUUCUGAAGACUUGGAUGAGUGUGAAGGAGAGCGGAUGA